UAAGCCAAUUUAUCUGAUAGCGCCGACUACUUGAGAUGCUCCUAAGCCGCUAUAAAAUGUCUAUGAGAUCUAACGCAGCGCCAAUCCCUUGAAUAUCCAGUUACUGUUCAGGUGUCAGGGAGAACACUCAGGAAAAAUGGCGAGCCAGAAAGGAGAUGUAACCCUGAUCGACCCGUCGCAACUGUUACGUCCGGAGCCGGUGUUCAACGACAAGCCUAUCGAGGCUUUCCGAGACUACACCGUGGAUGACUCGGAUCCCAUCCGCGAGCGCGUGCGCAAGACCUACUACGAUAUGCACACUAAUGUCACUGUGGAUCUCGUUAGGCAAAAGAAAGAAAAGUGGCUGAAAUUCAACACGUUCAAGAGCACGAUCAAGGACGCUCUGAUCAAGCUGAAUGAGCUGGUGGACGAGUCUGACCCUGACACCGACCUGCCCAACAUCGUGCACGCCUUCCAGACUGCCGAGAGGAUCCGACAGGACCAUCCUGAUGAUGACUGGUUCCAUCUUACGGGACUCGUGCAUGAUUUGGGCAAGGUGAUGGCAUUCUACGGCGAGCCUCAAUGGUGCGUGGUGGGCGAUACCUUCCCCGUCGGCUGCAAGUGGGCUAAAUCCAUCGUGUACGGCCCUGAGAGCUUCAAGGACAAUCCUGACACUUACAACCCUAAGUAUAACACGGAAUACGGCAUGUAUGAGCCUCACUGCGGACUGGACAAGCUGGAGAUCUCAUGGAGUCACGACGAGUACAUGUACCAGUUCCUCAAGCAUAACAACAGCAAGAUCCCCGAGAAGGGACUGUACAUGAUCAGAUACCACUCGCUGUACCCGUGGCACGCUGGUGGCGACUACCGCCACCUCACCAACGAGAAGGAUGAGCAGAUCCUGCAGUGGGUGCUCGAGUUCAACAAAUAUGACUUAUACACGAAGAGCGAGAAGGUACCCGACAUUGAAGCCCUGUGGCCCUACUACGAGAAACUGAUUGAGAAAUACAUCCCCGGCGUCUGCGAGUGGUGAUCAUCCAACCCUUGGAAUUAUUAUGACAUUUGUUCUAGUGUGAAGUUUGUUACUUGAAUUCUUCUUCUUAUCAACUGAAGAACUGGGUGUUAAAGUUUUCUCAAAUCCAUCUGAUGGACUCUGGUCAUUGACGUGGCAUUAUAAUCACUGCUACUGAAUACCUACUUGAAAUACCUGAAAACAGACAAACUCGUCAGAAAACAACAUAUUUAUUUAGUUGUAAAUAAGAGCAGUGAAGAAGUAAAAUAUAUGUAUUUAUUAAGAAUACCAUAGGUAUUAUAUAAGUUUCGGAAAAUAUUAUUUAGUAACUGAUAAUUUUGCCAUAAUAUAUUUUGAAAUGUAUAAACACUGAUUAAGAUACAACAUAAGCAUUGGGAUGGAUGUCAUAAAGCUGUAGACAUAUUAUUGAUAGAAUUGUUUAUAUUAACUUAUUAUAAUAAAUACCAUUUACGACGUUGAA